CCUAGCUGAGGAGUGACGACAUCUAGCUAUUAUAGCCUUAGCCUGAGCCAGAGCCUCCCUGUGUCUUUAUAUAUUGGAAGGGAAGAGUAUUUUGCCGGAAAGAAUUUGAAUUCUAGUAACGAAAAGGAUGGAGGUGGAGGGAAAAGCGGGGAAACCAUCUGGGAAGCGCAGAAAGACGUGUUGUAUAGCGGUGAUAGGGAGCCUCGUCGGGAUAGUGAUACUGAUGGUAAUACUAGCGUUCACGGUGUUCAAGUCCAAGCGUCCCGUGACCUCUUACGACAACCUGAGCAUCGAGGAUCUGGACGUAUCUCUGGACAUUGCCAAGGUCAAAGUGUACUUGAACGUCACUCUCGGAGUGGAUAUCUCCAUCCACAACCCUAACAAGGUGGGCUUCAAGUACCAAAACUCCACCGCCCUCCUCAACUACAGAGGCGACCUCGUCGGCGAACUUCCACUUCUGGCCGGAGAUAUAACCGCCGGCGGGACCGAGCACUUGAACCUGACGCUCACCGUCAUGGCCGACCGCUUGCUCUCCAGCUCCAAUAUUUUCUCUGAUGUCACCUCCGGUGUCCUGCCCUUCAACACCUUCGUCAAACUUUCCGGCAAAGUCAAAAUCCUUUUUUUCAAGAUUCACGCCGAUACUUCCUCAUCCUGUGAUUUCAACAUCUAUAUCUCCAAUCGAACUAUUGGCGAUCAACAAUGCAAGUAUAAGACAAAAUUUUAGCUACUACUUGUAAGUACACGGUCUGAGAUGAAGCAUCCAUGGAGCUUCGGCAAGGAAGUGGCCGAGUGCAUAAAGAACCGUGAGAAGAGAGAAUACGUUUAUGAUUAUAAUAAAGCAUGGGAAUAUUGAAAACUGGGUUUGAUGAUGUAAAUAAUAUAUUGGAGGAUUCAAGUGACACAUACAUAUACAUGUGUGUGGUUUGAUUCGUGGUGAAAA